AUGGAGAAGGACGGACUGCCCACGUACAGUGCGACAGUUCAGCAGUCGGCCCCGCAACACCGGCGGCGGUUCCGGAAGAGACGCAACCUCAGACUUAUCGCAGUCGCGUGCCUUGUUUAUCUGGCCUAUGCCCAAUGGCAUCAAUCACACCAUGUCCGUCAUCGAACAACCACGUUAUCCCUGGAGCGACUUGAAGAAGACCUGGCAACGUGCGCCAAUCUGCAGCAAAAGCCACAGGAUCCCCGCGGCCAGCGUUCUCGCAAUGCUCGAUACAUUGAUGGCCACAAGCCCACAUUGAUCAAAAACGCAUCGGUAUGGGUCGGCGAGCCUGUGCCUGGGACCAGCGAGGAAGACGCCCGGGCCGGAAAGGGCUACUCCUGGGUCCAAUCCGACGUGUUUCUCGAAUACGGCCUUAUCAAGAGUGUUGGAGCUAAGAUUUCCGAGGAAGAGCUUCCCGAGGGCGUGCUGGUCUAUGACGCCCAAGGCAGACCCCUGACGGCAGGCAUCAUCGACAUGCACAGCCACGCGGGCGUCAACCCGCUGCCGGAGCUGCGGGGCAACGAGGACACGAACGAGAUGUCGGCAGAUACGACGCCGUACGUGCGGUCCAUCGACGGGCUGGACCCGCUGGACCACCAGAUCCAGGUCAUCAAAUCCGGCGGCGUGACGACCUCGCUCAUCCUGCCCGGCUCGGGCAACAACAUCGGCGGCGAGGCCUUCGUCAUCAAGCAUGCCGUCGGAAAGCCUGAUGGCCGCCUUGAGGUCAGCGCCGCUGACAUGCUGGCUGAUCCGGACCGUACCUGGCGCUACAUGAAGAUGGCGUGCGGCGAGAACCCCAAAAGGAUCUACGGCAAGGUCGGCGAACACGGCCCCGUUAGCAGGAUGGGCGAGUCGUGGGAGUUCAGGCACGCGUUCGAGCAGGCUGCCAAGCUGGUGGUGGCCCAGGACGACUGGUGCUCGGCUGCCCAGGCCAAUGGCCUGCAUGCGGUUGAGACGUAUCUCCCCCAGGACCUCCGCUGGGAGUCUCUCAGCGCUGUACUACGCGGUCAGGUGCACGUCAAUACGCACUGCUACACCGUGCCUGAUCUUGAGGCCUUCAUCGACCACACCAACGAGUUCAAAUUCCCUAUCCGUGCCUUCCACCACGCCCAUGAAACUUACAUUGUCCCCGAGAUCCUGAAGCGUGCCUGGGGUGGUCGGGCUCCUGCCGCCGCUCUAUUCGCUGAUAACAUGGAUUACAAGAGCGAAGCCUACCGCGGUACUGACCAAGCAGGCAGAAUCCUGUACGAGAAUGGCAUCACGCCCGUUUACGUGUCCGACAACCCGGUGCUGAACGCACAGCACGUCGUCUUCGAAGCGGCCAAGGCGUACGGCUACGGCCUGCCCUACCACGCAGCGCUCGCGGGCGUGACCAGCGCGCCUGCGGAACUGCUUGGUCUGGGCGAGCGCAUUGGCAAGGUCAAAGCCGGAUUCGACGCGGAUAUUGUCGUCUGGGACAGCGAUCCGUUGAGCGUGGCAGCCACACCGGUGCAGAUCUGGAUCGAUGGCACUGCCCAAUACGAACACCCCUUCGUCCUUAACAAAUCGCGGACCGACCCCGGCUACCCCGGCGAGCUCGUGGCCGUGCCAACGGAAGAGAAGGAGGAGGAUGUUGAGACAGGCAACGUCGUCUUCACCGGCGUCUCCAAGAUCCUGAUCCCAGGUUUCGAACACGCCGCCGAAGAAUCUAGCAGCGUCGUGAUCAUCACCAACGGCGAGAUCUCCUGCAUCGGAUCCUGCAGCACGGAGCUCCAAACCGCCUCAUCCCAAAAUGUCAAGACCGUCCACCUCAAAAACGGCCACCUCUCCCCCGCCUUCACCAUCCUCGGCUCCGACCUCGGCCUCAGCGAGAUCGCCGCCGAGCGCGCCACGCAAGACGGCCGCAACAGCCCGGACACGCGCUUCGCCCGCGCCGUCGAUGGGCUUCUCCUCGACACCAAGCAGCUUGCCGCCGCCCACCGCCGCGGCGUCACGAGGGCCAUCUCCGCGCCCUCUUCGUCCGCCGGCGGCUCCCGCGGCGUCAGCGUCGGCUUCCGCACACACCAUAGCGGCGCGCAGCACUCCCUCGCUGAUGGAGCUGUCUGGGCCGACGAGGUCGCCGUCCACUACAGCUUCGGCCCUGGCGUCAAGGACGGCAAGACGCCGUCGCUGUCGAGCGCCGUCGGCGCGCUGAGGGAUAGCUUGCUGGAGGCCGCUGCGGCGUCCCUGAACGGCAGUGACAGCAGCGCUGAGAAGCCGACGGAUCGCUACACCGAGCAGUCUUACCUCCGCAAGGUCGUCGCCGGCGACCUCGCCCUCGUCAUCGACGUCGACAGCGCUGACACCAUCGCCGCCCUGCUCCGCGUCAAGGCUGACGUCGAAGCGUUCCUGGCCGAGUCCUCGUCCUCCUCCUCUUCGUCGUCCUCCAUCCGCCUCGCCCUCAUCGGCGCCUCCGAAGCACACCUCCUGGCGCCCCAACUCGCGGCAGCCCGCGUCGGCGUCGUCCUCGCGCCGCUGCUGCAGUACGCGCAGCACUGGGACCAGCGCCGCAGCCUGACGGGCGCGCCGCUGACGAACGGGACGACGGUCGAUAAGUUGUUGGAUGCGGGCGUGACGACGGCGAUUGGUGUGGCGGAGAGCUGGGAGGUGCGCGAUUUGGGGCUCAUGGCGGGGUGGGCGUAUGCGAAUGGGGAGGGGAGGCUCAGCGAGAGGGAGGCGGUCGGGUUGGUGAGUGGGAAUGUGUGGGAGGUUCUUGGGUUGAAGGGGAAGGCACAGGGGGAGCGGGAGGGGGGAAGGAAGGGGGAUUGGGUUGUUUGGGAGGGGAGUCCGUUGGAGAUUGGGGGGAGGGUUGUUGGUGUUGGGGAGGGGAGGGGGGCGGUUACGUUGUUUCAGUGA